AUGUCGAUCCUCUGGGAGAAGAGCGAGGCAUGGCGGUGGCUGGUCAGGAGGACGCGCGACUCGAAGUCCUUCUUCGUUGCGUUUGCGACUCUGUGCGGGGUGGUCCCUGGGGUGAUCGGCUACGGCGUCAUGCAGAUGACCAGCUCCCGCAACGAGCAGCUCGAGGCCCAUCUCCGCAAGACUUCCCGCCCCGAGACCGCGGUGUGUUGUUCGCCUCGCCCCCUUUGAUCAUCGUUUCUCUCUCACUCCUGCUCCUCGCUGUUGUUUGUCUGUCAAUUCGGAUGAUGCCCUCAUCGCAUCGUGGAACAAUUUUUCUUCGAUUUCUGAUUUUUUUUGGGUCAUGUGGGAUCAGCUUCUGUUGUUCUUGUUGGGGGUUAUGCAGUACUGAAAUUUGCUUUCCUUUUCGGUUCAUAUUCUGGGAGAGGAAUAUCUGAUUGUUACUGUUUUCGAAGGGACGUCAUUAGAUGUCAUGCCAUCUUUUCUGGAAUCUUUCCCGAUAUGAAUCCGCAAAUCUUCAUUCUUCCACCAUAUUAUACAAGUUUUUAGCAGAACGAUCAUGGAAAACUGCGGAUAAGUUACAUUUUGAUUCCCCACUAAAGUAUGUCCUCAUUCCUCUGAUCAAUCGGGACUCCUUCCUCCGUGAGCGACCGAAUACUUUUUCUCCCCUCUAAUUGACGGCCAGACCUUUGUUACAAUUCAUCAAUGUUCAUCAUCUAAGUAUGUCGAAUCUACAAAAUCAUGCAUCUAGCGAUGCAUACUUUACCUAUUUAACUCUGAUUUAGUAUGGAACUUGAAAUUCUGUCUGGAAAAUGCUGAAAAACAGAUCAUUUGAAUAUCUCAUGUUAUGGAAAAUAAUUGGUGGCAGUUGUCUGGAAUCAUGCAGAUCGAUACCAACUUGUCUCCUGUACAGAAUAAUAUAUGUUGCUUUCAUUAUUUCAAAUUUUAUUUUUGUCUUUAUACUCAUGGGAGGCCUUCAAGCCUCUUCCCAUUUCUUUAAUAGAAUGAUCAAGUGAGAGACGGGAGAGAGUAGCCUGGAGAGUGAGCACAAAGGUUUCUUCCCUUAAAUCUUUUCUAAAUUACACUAGACGAUAUGUCUCAUGAGAUGAGGCACUGUGGUACGUUAUCUGAUACUCAUCUCAGUACCAAGAAUGUAUAUUUGCCUUUGAGAACUAGUGUUAUGUUCUGUGUCGGUUAGCACAUGAAGCUACAGGCACUGUGUUGUAUCAUGUUAUGUUCAUUGUUUCAAUGGAAAGUGAUUGAACAAGUGACUGGUUUCAGGGUUUGGGUAAGAUAUUGUCCGUUCUUUAUCAAUUUUGCCAAAGGAAUAUGUGGGACUAACUGAAUUGAUAUUAUUGGAGGCAACAACAAAGUAUGGAUUUCGCCCCAGCUGAUUUGGGCGCUUCAUCCUUGUGGAACUGUUGAUAAAACCUACAGCAGCAAGGAUCCAAAGGUGUAGAAGUAAGAAAAAACUAGGUCAGGCUUGCUGGCGUUUCCCCGCAUAACUAUUCUCAUUCUCUUUUUAAAGUACCGUUUGUUCAUCUUCCUCUCUAGAACGAUGUUCAUGCAUCACAUUUCUACAUAACUACCUGUCUAUUCAAAGUAUAGGAAACUGACAUGGGGAUCCAUUUGUUCGCAAUAUGGAGUUUUCCAUCUUGAUGCUCUCUCUAGUCUGGUCAAUAUAUUGCCCUCAGACCAUUAUCUGGGAUUAACUCAUUGUAUUUUUUAAUGGAGCUACUCGGAAAAAGGCAACAAUUAUCACCUUUUAUAUCAUUCUGUAUAUGGGUCGCACCUUGGUUGAUGAAGCAAGAAAUUUCUGCUGAUAUGUGCUCAAAUUGGGAAGCUUUGACAAGGCGAAGUGAAGCUUUCAUGUCUUACAGUUCUUGAUCCCUCAACCCAUUUGCUGAUUUUUUUUUUCACUUUCAGAUCUCUGUAUCCAUUUGAAAAUUUUCCAAUGAAGUGGCAAUAUAGAUGGCCAUCCUCAUUCCAGUUUUCCUACCAGUCUAAUUAAAUGUGGGGAUUAUUGUUAUCUUAAGCAGUGGUCUUAUAUGCUCUUUCCAGCCCCAUGAAACUUGGAUUUUGGGGCUUUGAGUUCUUACGCAUAUCAGCUUUGAAAGCUCAGCUCGUCCAGAUCCAUGAUACCAUUUUGUCCAGAUCCUGAUCGUUUUUCUCUUCAUAAUUCCGUAAUUAGCAUUGAGAGAAAACGAUUGUUCAUGAAUGUAGUGAUUAUGCCAAUGAUUUUCCUAUUUGGGUGCUUGUGAUGGAUCAAAAAAUGUUUCCUGCACGAUCAGAAGACUUGAUUUCUCCCUCCCAUGGAUCAUAUGAUUUAAUUUUCUUCGUCACUCUUGGUAAUAUGCGGCGGUUCCUGAUGGUUUUCUUCCUUUGAUUCCCUCAACCAGAUGAUGGGGCAGGUCAAUAAGGAGAGGCUGGGGGAGUUUCUUGCAGAGCUCCAGCGAAAGGAGGACACCAACGACCGUUAUGUGGCCGCCCUGAGAGGUGAGACCCUCACCAGAAAGCCCUACAUCAGAAUCCAGCCAGUGCCCAAGCAGUUAGACGAGACCAACCAGUCAACUGGAUCACCCACCAAGCCAGUCAACGCUGACCAGAAGUCAUCCAAGGAGGGCAAGUAG